AAAAAGAGAACCCAACAAACCCCAUAUAUAUAACACCCCAAACACAUAUCAUUGAGAUAUAUAGCACUUAACAAACGAAUAAGAUGUGGAAGUUAAAGAUAGCAGAAGGUAACGAUCCUUACUUAUUUAGCACCAACAACUUUGUUGGACGCCAAAUUUGGGAGUUUGAUCCCGAUGCUGGAACUCCUGAAGAGCACCAAGAAGUCGAAAACGCUCGUCAACUUUUCCUUAACCGUCAAAAGGAAGGUUUUCAAGCAUCAGGCGAUUUACUCAUGCGGAUACAGUUAAUCAAGGAGAAUGAAAUUGAUGUAUUAAGCAUACCACCAGCAAGGUUAGGGGAAAAUGAGGAAGCGAAUCAAGAAGCGGUAACAACCACGAUAAGAAAAGCAGUCAGAUUUAAUCGUGCCAUCCAAACAAAAGAUGGUCAUUGGGCUACUGAACAUGGUGGCCCUUUAUUUUUCACUCCUCCACUUAUUAUAAUUUUAUACAUUAGUGGAGCCAUCGAUACACAUUUAACAAAGGAGCACAAGAAAGAGAUGAAACGCUUUAUCUACAAUCAUCAAAAUGAAGAUGGAGGAUGGGGAUUUCACAUUGAAGGACAUAGCACUAUGUUUGUGUCCGUGUUAAGCUACAUAUCCCUACGACUUUUAGGGGAAGAAAAAAAUGACAAAAAUGUUGCACUUACUCGAGCAAGAAAAUGGAUACUUGACCAUGGUGGUGCAACCUAUGUACCAUCUUGGGGAAAACUUUAUCUUUCGGUGCUUGGUGUAUAUGAAUGGGAAGGAUGCAACCCAAUACCACCAGAAUUUUGGAUUUUCCCCGAGUUUCUACCCUUUCAUCCAGGAAAAAUGUGGUGUUAUUGUCGAACGGCCUAUAUGCCCAUGUCAUACUUGUACGGAAGAAAAUUCCAUGGCCCAAUCACUAAUCUUGUUCUUCAACUGAGGCAAGAGAUUUAUCUUACCCCAUACGAUGAGAUAAAUUGGAAUAAACAACGCCAUAAAUGUUGUAAGGAAGAUCUCUAUUACCCUCACACAAUAGUCCAAGAUUUGAUAUGGGAUGGUCUUUAUUACUUAAGUGAGCCACUCUUCAAGUACUGGCCUUUUACUAAACUAAGAGAAAAAGCCCUCAAAAGAACAAUUGAGUUAACUCGUUAUAACGCUGAAGAAAGCAGGUACAUUACCAUGGCAAGUAUUGAAAAGGGUUUUCAAAUGAUGUGUUGGUGGGCGAGAACCCAAACGGGAAUGAAUUCAAGCAUCACCUUGCUAGAUUACCGGAUUACUUGUGGCUAG